UCUAUGAAUCUGUCCUGGUCAACAUGGCUGAGCCUCCGAAGAAAGUCACAUCCAGUCGGUGUGUUUCUUUGAAGGCUGACAGUAAGCGUACUAUACUAGACCUGAGUUUGCUGUACACCCGGUUGAACAGUCAGCCUUGAGGCCCGGAUCUGAGAGCUGUGCAUCAGCUCGCAUGCGCCAACCGAACAGGGUUACAUGUCCGCUUGCAUCGUAUAGUUCGCAUCGAAUUCGCGAUUAUGUGGCGGAGCUGUGCUUUUCACCGCAUCUAGAAACUGUCUUCUGACUACCUUCAGGGCAGCCACGGUCAAGCCGAGGGCUAGGUAUAUGCAAUCUACUUGGUAGUGGACCCAAUCUGGCGAUCCAACAUCGCCAGCCUUGUAAGAUCGAUAUUGCAAAGAGCAACUGCAGAGUUCAUAAGUUCACAAAUUCGUCGAAGAUUCCUCUCACUCACUACCCUGGUUUUCGUUUCUUUACCACUAAUAUCUUCUUUCUACAAUGUCUAUUGUUGCUGAAUCUCUGACCAAUGGCUUCGGCCCCUUACCGAGGCUGGGUGACAUUUUGAGAAGAGAUAUCACAUAUGAUGUGGAAGAAGACGACAUGACCGUAUGGGAUAAAGGCAUCUUCAUCAACGAACUCUUGAAGCAAGGCAUUGUUCUCAAAACCAGCGACCCCGGUACUGUUGAUGGCAGUCUUGCUGCUACCAGAGGACUCAGGCAGGGGACCUACAAAGGCACACGACUGGCAUUGACAGAGAUCUAUAGCUUGGUUGAGGAGGCAGCUGUUUCGCAUUUCGAUACGCAGGGCUUCGAGCCCAUUAUCCCCAAAAAGAGAGAUCUCCCCCAGAAGAAAGACAUAUACAAGUGGAGCAAGCCCUCUGAGGACGGUUAUCCCCCCCACCUAAACACAGUGCCGCCAGAGCAAGACAAUGGAGCGCCGGGAGUUGGCAACAUCUUUGACACCAAGAAGCUUGGGUUUGUCUCCCUCAUUGCGAAGGCAAUGUCUUUUAUCAUACCCGACGACGUUAUCAAAACAGGCACACCGUUUGAAGGACCAACACUUGCGGACUGCGAGAAGUACAACCGAGAGCAUCCGAGCCAGAAGACUGACAUCAUGAAUGGCGAGAACGUCGGCAACAAGGCUGACUGGUACUCCGAUGCUUGUUUCGCUCAACAACAUCUGUCUGGAGUCAAUCCGUCAACCAUCGAAAAGGCUAGCAUUGAGAAGGUGGAAGCCUACAUCGCGGAAGCUGGCAGACAGGGGCUCGAUGGUAUGAAGAAGAUACUCUCGGAGGGCAAAGACUUGCUCAUCCAAGAUUACUCGUACUUCCGCGAAGCUACUGGCUUGAAUGAUGAGGAGGAAUUCCGGAAUGUCGUGCCAGAGUUGGUUGAUGGAAAGCCAACCGGAAACACGGCAUUGCGAUUUGCUUGCGCGCCUGUUGUGAUUUUUCAGCUUCACUGCGACGGUCGAUUGCAUCCCCUGGCCAUCACAAUCGACCACAAGGGCAGUCUGAGCAAGUCCAUUACUAUCUUCAAUCGCCGUUUGGCACCGAAUGAUAAGAGCGAUGUUGACGAGAAGGAUGACUGGGCCUGGAGAUACGCCAAAACUUGCGCUCAGACUGCGGACUGGGCGAGGCACGAAGUAGCAACACACCUUGUCGAUACGCACAUGGUGGAGGAAGCAAUCAUCGUAGCCACCAACCGGACAAUACCCGAGAACCAUAUCCUGUACGAGACGCUGAGCCCCCAUUGGUUCAGAACUCUGGCAUUGAACAAAGCUGCCCGCGAUGUCUUGGUACCGGCUGUCAUAGCUAGACUCGCUGGCUUCGGGCCAUCGAUCGAUCCCAAGACAAGCCGUGUAAUGGCACUUGUCAACUACUCGUACAAGCACUUCAACUUCCAAGACAAGUACAUUCCCAAUGACCUCAAGAAACGAGGCUUCGACGUAGAGGCUUUGACAACAGAGAAGUACCGCAACUACCCUUACGCAACCGACAUGUACCUGCUCUGGGGCGUGAUCCACGACUUUGUCAAGUCGAUACUAGGCACGAAGUACAAAUCCGACAGCGACGUCCAGAAAGACCAAUACAUCCCAGUCUGGUGCAAGGAAAUCCAGACUAUGGGUCAGAUUCCCACAUUUCCAACUAUCACCACUGUGGACCAGCUCGUGGAUGCAGUCACGAUGUGCAUCCACACCGCCUCGCCCCAACACACGGCAGUCAACUACCUCCAAGACUACUACUACAGCUUCGUCCCAGCCAAGCCUCCUGCGCUCUGCUUACCUCUCCCCAAGGACCUCACAACACUGCAAAAGUACACCGAGGCUGACCUAACCGCCGCCCUCCCCAUCGGCUCCGGAAGUCUAAAGUGGAAGGACUGGUUGCUCGCCGCGCAGCUACCCGAACUUCUCAGCUUCAAAGUAGACAAUAGGUACAACUUGAUCACGUACGCCAAGUCACUGUACAAUGUCAACAAGAGCAGGACAGAUGAUGAGAACAAGGAGUGGGGCUCGAGGACUAUCAAGGAGGCUGCUGCGCUGUUUUACAGCAGACUGAAGGAGCUUGAUGGGGUCUUUACCCAUGUGAGUGACAGGCAGACAGAGGGGACGGUUGAGUAUAAGGUGUUGCAGCCGGAGGUGACUGCGGUUUCGAUUUUGAUCUGAGAGUGCGUUGACAGUCAUCGAUUUUCUCCGUUGUUUGCGUGUCACAGGCAGUCUUUCAUCGAGUCAAAACUUACAGUAUUAGCUUGCAUGUGAUCGCACUUCGUCUUCGUUAAGGUCUUCGGACGUAUAUAAGUUCCU